AUGGCCAAACGGCAGCAAGCUAAAGUGUUUGCUGAAAGAUCUCUUCUUAAAAGAAAAGUACCAAGAAGGGUUAGCUCCAUUGUGAAAAAGUUUCCUAACAUAGGAAAGGAUAUUGAAGACUUUGUUCGCAACAAGAGAUGUGGAGCUGAUUCGUGGAGAAGAACGGGUGUGGCAACUUUUGAUGGGAACAGAAAACGAGGUCCAAAGGCAUCCUUUCGUUCGAUUCAAGAAUACUUGCAAAAUAAGUACAAUACUAAGAUAGGAUAUGGCACAAUCGUCCAAAUGUGUGUUGUUCGCAACAGGCGGAAGUUGUCAGCAAAGCGGUACAAAGGCGAGGCCAAGGUAACAUGUCGACAAGCAAGAAAGGGCUUCAAUAUUAAGUUCAAUCCCGAUGCACACUACAGCAGUGCCAUGUACAAGAUACUUGAUAAAGUUCAGUUAACUGAUGGAAGUGACAAAAUUGUUUUAAACAGAGAUGACCAAGCUGGGUUUAGACUUGACACUACGUAUACACAUUAACAACACAAAGUGCUCUUUUCUGGAGAACAAGAGGUCACGACACGCACUGAUUUUGUAAAUAAAUACUCUUCCGUCCUGCAGACGUCGUCGUAUCUUUUCAUGGAAACUGCCACUAAUGAAGAAAGAGCUGCUGGUGUAGUGAAGAGCCAUUUUUCCUUUGAAAAAAAAACCGUCGCAACAUGCUGCAGAUUUCAAGUUUCUGAAAACAACUCCAGAAUUUAAAGAUUUUUUCUUGGGGAAAAACAUUGAUUGUAUUCGUGUUGAUGGUGCCAGUGAUGAGAGGCCUUCUGUACUAGAAGUGCAGUUUAUCUGGACUGAGUUUCACUUUACAGAAGCGAAAAUAUGUACAUGUGUUACUGCUCGUAACAGCGGUGGAAGUUUUCUGAACAGAGUCGAGUUGGUUAACGGAUGCAUUGCAAGGGCACACAGUAAUGUUUUCAUUCCUUCUACUCUUAAUGGCUCAAAUUUUUCUUCAGAUGGGCUGGAUGAAGGGAAACUCAAAGAAAAUUUAGAUGUUGCAACCGAUGUGUAUCUCGAUAAAGUUCAAGAUGCCCCUUUUGGAAACACGACCAUCAAGUUUUUUAAAGGUUCACAAGAUGUAAAUGCCAGAAACUUACAGGAAAGAAGACAAAACUUAAUUGUUUUUCUGCAUGGUUCAUCAAAAGCAAAAGAUGCGUUGAAACAAGCGAAUCCUACUCAGUACCAGUAUUUUGAAGAGAUAUGGCAAGUUCGCAAUGACCAUUUUGUUAAAGGCUAUCCAGACCAGUAUGUGCUUUUAUUACAUGCAUGCUUUAAACCUAAAUGUAUUCAUCCAAUAUGCAAGCAAGGAAAACCUCUUCUGGGACAAAAAUGGUAUGAUUCUGGUCCCACCCUGAGUUGUCUCCCAAUGCCGAUGAAAGACCCAACGCGCCCAUGGGGUGGGAAGUGUGAGGCUUGUAAAGAUUUUUGUGCAGGUCACUACAUGAAACCGCAAGACUGUAUUAAACAAGUACAAGCAUUAAACUCCAUAAAGGAUUGUGUAAUGGAACCUCCUUCUGCUGUUCUGAAGAGACAUUUUUCUACGAUUGUUCAAACCACUGAUCCAGAGGAUAUUAGCGAUGAUAUCAUUACACGAUGUGCUAAAGAAACAUUGCUGACGAAAGAUGAAGUAAAACUAUGGUUCGCUCAUUUGUCUGACGUGACCAAGAGAAGAAAGGCAGGUGCAGUCAAAGCUGCGGCAACGAGAGCAGCAAAGAAAGGUUAGUAGUUUAUAGGUUAAAAGUUUUUAACAUCCUGGAAGACUGUUCAAUAUUCUUUGGAGUCAAAGUAGAAUAUAGUGUACUCCAAAGCAAGUUAAACCUUUUCCACGCCCGGUACCAUGACAGAACCAUAAAUGCUCGUAUAUUUUGCCAGUAAAAUUUUUAAUAUAUUUUUUAUUCUUGACAUACAGGAAACUUGUUAGAACAUGGAUGUUGUCCUUGUGGAAAAGCCGACACCGACUAUAUGAUUGGCUGUGAUGGUGAAAAAUGUACCUUCGGAUGGUUUCAUUAUGAAUGUGUGGGGCUGGUUGUUCAAAGCAUUCCAGAAGGGAACUGGUUUUGUACUGAAUGUAAAAGUACGUAAUCUACUACAAUUUAAACCUUUGACCAGUUGCAUAUAUUGGUCACACUAGACUCUACCUAACUAGCACCCAUUAAAAUUUACAUCCUUUAUCAGGUUAACCAUGGAUUGUAAAAUAACUGGAUUGGAAACUUCCUGACGUCACAGCCUAAACCUAGUUGCAAUCUGUGACGUCAAAGUUCUCAGCAUUUUUGUUGUUUCGCUAUAUUUUCCGCUUUAAAAGAGUAAUAUUGAAACAUAAACUGGUCUAAUUGUUUUAAAAACAUGCCUAAUCCACGACAAAGUAUUCAAGGUAAAUGUUUUUCGUCUUUGUUUUGUAUUUUUUAACAUUUGUAGCUACGAAAUUGGCGUCGCCAAUUUUGCGAUGCAUUUUUCGAUGAAAAUUGCGAUGAAUUUUUCACUGUUUAGUGCUUGAAAUAUUUGCUAAAAUUGACCGGAAAUACUUCGUCGUAGAAUGGCGUGGUUAUAUUUAUUUGCUCUUUGACUAAAAUGUUUAGCUGCAUUAUCGCUAAACAUGCCGUUUUUGAGAAUUUGGUUUGCAACUAGGUUUCAACGCCAUCAUCCCAUUGAAAACAUUAGGUCACACCAGCUAGUUUCCCAUCCAUGUAUUUUAUUAUCCAUGGGUUAACUAACUUUCUAAAUUUAUUUUCCCUCAGAUAAGAAUGCUCGUGGAAGAAGAAACCAGAAAAAAAAAUUAUACAAAAGUUAAUAUAUUAAAGAUUAAAGUUAAAGUAAAAAAUAAAUUGCUUCUGAAAGUCUAUUUUGUGUAACUCUUUAAUACCUUCAUGCGACGUGUCACUUUCGGUUUAUCUUUCCAGGUGGAGGUCAGUAGUGAAAUGGAAGGUUAAUUAUUAUUGACUUCAAAAUAUUUACAUGAUUUUAAUACCCUAGAUUUCUUUAC